AUGACGUCAAUGGAAAAUAUUCAGCUUUGAGGUGUUCACCUUAGCAAACCCUUAAGAGACCUAUAGACACUCUAUGAAGAAAUAAAAACACAUUUUGAUGACUGAGUUGACCUUUAAACCUUGAAGAAAAUACAUUUGUACAGAGGCUUAAAGUAGGUCUAUAGGACUUUAUACCUGCAGUCAGAAAGUAGGCCUAAUGUUAGACCUAAAGUCUGCAUCAGAGACCCAGCUACUCUGACCCUGUUACUGACAGACCCAGCUACUCUGACCCUGUUACUGAAAGACCCAGCUACUUUGACCCUGUUACUGACAGACCCAGCUACUCUGACCCUGUUACUGACAGACCCAGUUACUCCGACCCUGUUACUGAAAGACCCAGCUACUCUGACCCUGUUACUGACAGACCCAGCUACUCUGACCCUGUUACUGAAAGACCCAGCUACUCUGACCCUGUUACUGACAGACCCAGCUACUCUGACCCUGUUACUGACAGACCCAGCUACUCUGACCCUGUUACUGACAGACCCAGCUACUCUGACCCUGUUACUGAAAGACCCAGCUACUCUGACCCUGUUACUGACAGACCCAGCUACUCUGACCCUGUUACUGACAGACCCAGCUACUCUGACCCUGUUACUGACAGACCCAGCUACUCUGACCCUGUUACUGACAGACCCAGCUACUCUGACCCUGUUACUGAAAGACCCAGCUACUCUGACCCUGUUACUGAAAGACCCAGCUACUCUGACCCUGUUACUGACAGACCCAGCUACUCUGACCCUGUUACUGACAGACCCAGCUACUCUGACCCUGUUACUGACAGACCCAGUUACUCUAACCCUGUUACUGACAGACCCAGCUACUCUGACCCUGUUACUGAAAGACCCCAGCUACUCUGA